UCAGAACUGGAGGAACACUAUGAGUCUGAUACCGUGGAGCUCAUGAACUGGAUAAAAGGUCAGGCUCCUUUAGCUGCAGUGUUUGCUGGGAGUCCUCAGCUGAUGGGUGCCAUAAAACUCUGCACCGGAUGGAUGGUGACAAGUUUACCAGUGUACAAUGAUGAAGAACUGAUGAAGAGGAAUGAACAUGUAUAUCAGAUCUAUAGCAUGAGGUCAGCAGAAGACAUCUACAAGAUCUUAACCUCCUAUAAAGCCAACUAUGUGGUGAUUGAAGAUUCAAUCUGUAAUGAGGUAGCUGGAUUGAAAGGCUGCAGAGUAAAGGAUUUGCUUGAUAUUGCAAAUAAUCAUGUAAGUUUA